UCGGGACGCUUCACCCACCCGCCUAAGUUCAAAACUAGCCUUGUCUGUAAGCAAGCGGACAACCAAACAGAAGUAAAAAUGGCGACAGUUAAAAAGUUGAGCAGACAUCGACUAGAAAAUCAAACGUUUGAAAGGGCUAGCGUCGACUCAUCCACUGUUGAAGAAAAGUUAUUCGGCAAAACCGUGCAGGAAGAGGAGGAGGAUGACGACAAAGACGAUCCCGUGGUUUUUAUUUGUGUGAAAUGCAGGUUACCCGUUGGAGAUUCCUUGUCCUGGGAUGGAUGUGAAAACGACCAGAAUCAAAUAAGAUUGAAGCGUGUAACUGAAAACGUCGUGGUUGGAAAGGAGAAUCGCCUGUUUGAAGUGGACAAACGAUCUGUAUGUCUGGUUGUGGACCUGAUCUGCCGAGGCUGCCGCACCGUGCUUGGGAUGGUGUACACGUCCACCCCCAAGAACCUGGACCACAAGAGGUUUACAUUUUGUCUCAGUGUAGCUGAAGUCGACAGCUAUGUGCUGGGCUCUGCAGGCCAGAUGUUGUCAGCAGAGGGCGCCAAUGAGCAGCUAGUCACACUGGAGUACAGAAGCCUUGUUGAGCAUGAGCUGACAGAGAUGAAAAUGCUGGUCAUGUCCAUGGCACAGAGGUUGGAAGAGAUCGAAGCUGGCCUUCAGGAAGGAUUUGAUGAGGUGUGACAGUGAUGGACAUUAGGAUGUUAGCAAGAAGAUUUCAUUCCAAACUCUUAACCUUGAACUUUUACAUGAUGUUUUCUGCUGUGAAGUUUCAUUUCAGCCACAUGCCUUCAAUAGCACAUUUUGUCCUAGCCUCACCUUGAUCCAAGCACCCACACCCCCUCACACACACACAUACACUCCCAGCAUCCUCUCUGCUUUGUCCUGAUUACCACUGGUGAAACAAAGACUGCCUGCACUUGUAAUCAAUCAUGUUGCCAGCUCGGCUCCCGCGACUCGUGGCACCAUCGUCUCUGCGGUCUCGGUGCAGAAUGAAUUCGCGGCAUGAGCAGAAUGUUUAUUUGUGCAGGGUUUCAUCAGGAAGGCUGCUCACUCAGCACAAUGCUGUAUUGAUCUUAGCACUUGAGACCACACACACUUUUUCUUUGUUCUUUUUCUCAAGUGUGUGGCCUUUGAGGCAGACAGGAUUGCUGGAUAUACCUUUUCAGUUUUUUUGUUGAAACCAGAAUUGAUGAAAAUGCAACAUUCAAAUAUAUAAUCUACAGAUUUAUCACUUGAGAAAUUACUUUGAACAUAAACUCUUUAUUUUUUGUAGGUUUAGCAGCAUUUCCCAUGUUAUCCACUCAUUUGUAGUUAUUGGAUUGAUUCAUUGUUACUUUAUUUUUGUGUUCUGUCAUUUUCUCAGUGUUUUCUGUAAUAAAGUCUUUCUAAACUGAA